AUGGAACAAUCUUUUUUUCCGACAACCACCACUCGAUCAGAGGCUUUAAGGUGGCUGACAAUUGCUGAGAAAUUGUUGUCGGCGCGUGACUUGCUUGGAAGCAAGGCAUUUGCGACCCGGGCUCGGGACUCCGACCCGACCCUUUUGCAAGCUGAGUAUAUCCUCGCCGUGAUUGACACUCUUAUCGCCGGUGACCGGCGGAUAAAUAAUAACCAGCUUGAUUGGUACUCAAUUCUUCAAGCACCCCACCAGUGCCAUGAUUCGGAACUUAUUGCAAAUCGGUACAGCCGACUAGCCCUUCUAUUGAACCCUCAGAAGAAUAAUUUUCUGUUUGCCGACCAGGCGUUUCGACUGGUCGUGGACGCGUGGUCGGUGCUCUCGAACCCAUCGAGGAAAUCGGUGUACGAUAAGGAAUUGGGUUUCCAGCUGCAGCGCCAACCCGACCCGUUUAACCCUGUGUCGGCUCAAGAGCAUUUGACUAUUCCUUCAAUGCAGCAGAACUUCAAUUUUUUCGGAGGAAGCAGUAGCAGUGGAAGCCCCCAUGUCCCUCAACCACUGGUGCAUUCUAGCAGCGCUACUUCUGUGAGUCAUAUCCCUCAAGCACAAGUACCCGGGCAUGUUGUAGCUCUCGACCCGUUAACUUUUGGGUCGAGUGCGGAACAAGUGAGUAAGCAACCAGUACACAGCUUUAUUAAUUUUCCUUCAGGUGGUAAUAUAGCUUUUGCGUCUUGGAUGGGGUCGGGGUCUGUUUCGACUCAAGAACAAGUGAAUAUACAGCCACAGAAUAGUUACCCUUGUUUUACUGGGAAUGUAGCUUCUGCGUCUAGGUUGACGCAGGAACAAGUGAAUAAGCAGCCACAGCCAGAGCAAAAAUAUUCUAAAGUUACAGAUGAAAGUCAUCAAACUAGUCAGAAUACUCCUGUUGAUGAGAAUAUAGAAGAAGUGGAGAGAGCGGAUGCACCCGCGGGUGAUGGUGUGCCGACUUUCUGGACUGCGUGUCCUUAUUGUUAUCACAUGUAUGAGUAUCCUAGGGUGUACACUGAUUGUACUCUGCGGUGUCAGAAAUGUAAAAGAGCAUUUCAAGCAGUGGCAAUUCCAUCGCCACCACCAAUCGCAGAUGAACAAGAGCAGUACUUCUGUUGCUGGGGAUUUUUGCCAUUGGGUGUUUCGAUGGCGAAUAUGAAGAAAAAUCGAGGUGCAGCUUCGCAGUGGACCCCGUUUUCACCUAUGUUUGCUUCCCCACAAAUGGGGAAUGUAACUAGUGCAAAUAAUAAGGCUGGAAGGAAGAGCUCUGCUCCGAGAGUAUAUAUUGAUGAUGAUGAUGAUAUUGUGGAACUCUCGAUCUCGAACUCGAGUGAGUCUGAUGUUGACUGGAAGAAUGAUAUGGAGAAGAAGAAAAAGAAGAAGAAAGUGAAUAGUGUUAAAGGAAAACGGGCUGGCGGGAAGCCAAAUAAAAAUCUGAAAAAAGCUCAAGUUGAUAAAGCUAUAAAUGUGAAUGUACAAGAUGAACUUGUAACUGCACAAGAGGUGGAGGCUCCUAAUAAAUCAAUGGGUGAACCGAGUAAGAAAGGGUGUGGAACUAAUGCACGGAAGCAACCUGGGAGAGUUGCAAAGAACGUUGAGAAGUUGGAUUUGAAUGUGGAAUUUAGCAAUGAAGUCGAGGAGCCUACUCUCAGGGUGAACCAAGGAAAUGGAUCAGAACGUGGGGAGGAUGACAACAUGGUAGGGAUUGGGUUCUUCGAAGGUCUUGAUGAAUUCCUAAGCAAUCUUCCAAUUCUUAAUGUUGUAGGCAAUGACAAGGCUAAGGCUGCUUAG